AUGGGCUCGGUGCACGGCGAGGACUUACCGUUCGUCUUUGGCGCUCCGUUGGUCGACGGUUUCGGCCACUUCCCAAGAAACUACACCAGGCCUGAAGUGGCACUCUCCGAAAGCAUCGUGCAGUACUUCGCCAACUUCGUCAGAACUGGACGGAUUAUAUAUGAAAAUGAGACAGAUGAGGAAGAAAUAUUUGAUAUAUCCGAAGCUUCCAGUGACAGUGAUGAGAGUUACUAUCCUGAUAACAUUGAAAGGAGUGCAGAAGAAGUAUCAGAAAUAAAAAGCAUGAGACCAAAGGUGAAGAAUCACUACAGAGCCCAUCAACUGUCCGUCUGGCUUCGUCUCGUUCCUGAGCUUCAUCGUGCUGGAAUGGAGGACGUGGACUCAAGGCACAAUCUGUUUCGUGGCCAUUCCGAUCCCAGCUUGUACGACGGAUCGGUGCGUCCAGAUCCGUUGAACAGGAUCAGCGAGGAGUUCAAAAGGAAGAAUAUCACCACCGAGCCACCGACUACCACCGACUAUAACGCCGCCACUUGUGUCAGCUACAUCCAAAGCACGAACCUGCAGAACGUCCAUAACGCAAGCACCGACACCCUGGCCAGCCUGGACGCAGCUGGAUACGCCGCGUAUUCGACGGCUCUAAGCGUGACGAUCGCGAUCGGCUGUAGCCUGUUGAUCCUGAACGUGCUGAUCUUCGCCGGGGUGUACUAUCAGAGGGACAAGACGAGGCUCGAGGUGAAGAGCCUUCAGCAGCAACAAAUGUUGAAUCAACAGUGCGGACCACGGGGUUUCUCCGAGCUCAAACAACCGCCUCCUCCGCACUCUCAUUUCCCUGGGAGCGGGCAGGUCAUCGUCGACGUCGAGAACGAGAUGCUCAGAAGGAACGUUUUGAAAGGCACUUCGAACGAUCCCAACACGCUUCUCCAACAGGGCCAGGGAACUCACACGUUGCCUCAUCAACACCAUUAUCAAAAGCAACAUCAGCAACAGCAUGCCACUCUUCCCCGAGCUUCCGUCAUACAGGACAUGAACGCACAAACCCAAGGUCCACCAAACGGGUCCAUACACCUGACAGUACCAAGAGCCCCGCCGCCCCCGCGAGCCAAGAGUCCACCUGAAAACCAGCCCCUGUUGCAGAGCGCCACCGUGUCGAGUCGCGUGUCCCAGGCGACGAUGAGCGAGAUGCGAGUGUGA